UGUGUAUUGUCUAUAUGUGAAAUAAAACACACAUUUAUUUUGUCCUUUGGGAGUUAUCCAAAAUCACAGAACUGUGAAUUGCAGUCAAUCACCCAACCUACUCACCUUUCCAGAGUAAUCUUAGUCAAAUAUUUUUUUCUGUGUCCCAAUGAAAUGCAGUAUUUCAACUCAGAAAGAUAAAUAGAAUGAAUUGGUAGAGACUGUUAACUAAGAACAUACAGUUUUAUUUAUACUGAGAAACAAGUAGAUCAUGUAUGUAUAUAUGAAGAUAAAAAUUAAAGGGAUAAUUGUAUAAGUUUGCAUGUAGAGAGCUUUGAAAACCUGUUUACUUGUUAAUGCUGUUUGGAUGGAUUUUAUGACUUAGUUCUACCAAUCCGUCAUCCAGAGCUCUCUCAAGGAGCUCAGUGCUCAUCAGUACCAUGACUUGGAAACUGUCUAAGUUUAGAGGUGCUUGUAUGUGUUAGUAAAUAAGGCAAGGUGAUAUUGUUUAGUGCAGAAGACUGAAUAGAUAAGCUGCUCCACCCAUACACUGGUGUUCAUUUCAUGGUCAUCUCAUCUGUUGACCAUGGAUGUAAAACACUUAUCUUCAGUGACCUUCCUGUGCAUGUAAAAGCACAAGUGUCUGCAUGGCAGCAGCUGGACCUCACAAGGUGGAUUGUGCCUUCAGAAAGUUUAUGAUGCCCUAUCGCCAUGGUGAUGGGAUUAGGGAUCUCUUGCCCUUGGUCGUAAGUGCCACUGUCUGUGCUGAGUUUUUCGAAGGUCAGAGCAGAUUGAACCUUUUUGCUUUAAUUUUCCCUGAUUUUGAUUUUUCUUAUGGGGAACCUGUGUUCCUGCAUUCGAGGUGACUCGAAGAAGCCUUCCAAAAAGCAUGUGAAAAGGGAGCUCUACUCUACUUCGACGGUGUCUUCAUUGAGCACCCUUGAUGGUAUUUUAAGAAGAUAUGCCGUAUCCACCUCUCAGGGUCAGAGACCUCGUAGCUCCUGGGUAAAGAAGGGAAUAUACCCAGUAGAAGCCCUUGAGGAGUCUCCAACUCACAAGGACAGAGGAGAUGGAGAGAGGCUGGUCAACGCGAGGGUGGUGCAGGUGGUCCCUCUGAGGUGUGACUCUACCCCCUGUGGGGACCCUAUACAGGACAUCUUUGACGAAGACACUGUAUAUGACAUCUGCGAUGAGGACGCCGUAGACAUCUGUAACGAGGACACUGUGGACAUCUGUAAUGAGGCUGCUGGACCUGACAUCUUGAAUGAUGCUGGAGACAUCUGUAAUGAAGCUGCUGUACGUAACAUCGCGAAUGAGAAUGCUGAGGACAUCUGGAAGGAGGACAUUGCAGAAAACAUCGCUAAUGAGGACAUUGUUUACAACAUAACUAAUGAGGACACUGAACAACACACCUCUGAAAAAGAAGACGCUGCCAAGGAGCCAUUUAUACUGGAAAACGAUCUGUUUUUGGAGAGCAUAUCCGAUGAUGAGGAUUUGUAGAUCAUCCAUGACUGGGGACUUUAUCACAGCUGGGACUUCAUUUAUGGCUGGGGACUUCAUUUAUGACUGGAGACUUCAUUCACAUCUGGCAUCUUCAUCUACAGCUGGAAGCUAUAUCCGCAGCUGAGGCAUCAUUUCUGGCUGGGGGCAUUAUCCACGGCUGGGAUUUCAUCCAUGUCUGGAGGCAUCAUCCAUGGCUGAGGAGUUCAUCUGCAGCUGUUUUGCCAGAUCUGUAUCUGAGUCCCAGAUACAGAUUAUUAAGCCUAGUAAUUGUAUUGAGUUCCACUUUUAUAGUUUUGUAGUUUUAGUUUCAUAAGUUGUUUGUUGAUAAUUUAAUGAAAUAAACUAAAUCAGAAUUA